AUGACGCCCCUAGUCAUCGCCUGGUGUCUGACUUUUCUCUUUUUGGGGAGUUCAGGUCAGAGCACCUUAUUACGUCAGGAACGGGCUUUUCAUUCUACAGAAGUGGGCAGUAACGUUACUCUUCAGUGUUUCUAUAAUGAGAAAAAUGCGGUGAUGAUUUACUGGUUUAAACAAAAAGUGGGCCAGAAACCGAACAUGUUUUCCAGUUUUUAUAAAAUGGACAAACAAGGCAAAUUUCACGAUGAGUUCAAGGACAAUCUUCGCUUUGAACUAGAAGUGGGAAAGGGUAAAAAUCACCUUCGAAUCUCUGAUUUGCAGCCUUCGGACUCAGCUACUUAUUUCUGCGUCGCCAUCGAAUCAAACACAUUUGAGUUUGGAGACGGAGCUACGGUCAACGUAGAAGAACCUGGUUCAAACGUUCAUACUUUGGUCCAUCAGCCAGAUGGGUCUGUGACUCUGAACUGUUCAGUAGACACUGGAAGCUGUGAUGCAGAGACCAGUUUUUACUGGUUCAAAGAGCAAAAAGAAUCUCGACCGGGACUCAUUUACACUCGCGGAGGCAGAAAUGGAGGCUGCAAUAGAACAAUGACGACAGCAACACAGACCUGUGACUACAUUGUGCCACCGAUGGACCUUGAUGUGUCCAACGACGAGGUUGCCAGCUGCGCCGUGGCUUCAUGUGGGUCUUUACUGUUUGAAGAUGGAGAAAACAUGGAGUCGGCAGGUGAGCUGAACUCCCCUGAACUUGUACUUUUUCUAAGCGGAGCUCUGACAGUCACCGUCAUGUUGAGUGCUGUGAUGGCUUUCUCGAUAUGCAGUAUGAAGAAAACAAUUCGAGAUCAUUGUGCAGCAAACUCAGGUGCAGAACCAGCAGAACGCCACGCAGCUGAUUCAGAGGGUAACAAAGAUGAGAAGAGCCUCCAAUAUUCCACCUUAAGGCCACACAGGUCAAACGGAUCAAGACGACCGAGAGACGAGGCCUGGAGUCAGUGUGUGUACGCCAGUGUAAAACAAGCCGAAUCCACACUUCAACAGCAAUCUGCUGCAGCAACAGCAGAUAAUAAAUUAGAUAAUGUUUGUUGAAUUUGACGUGAAAGAAAUGUAAAAAUAAAAAUGGUGUUUUGUACAUUUUUAUGAAUUUCCAAGAGCUGAUAUGUUUCUGUGCUGGUGCCGGCUAAGUCUGUACAGCUGAAACAAUGAAAUAAAUACCUUUUUCAAUGACAAAGGGCAACAAGAACAAGACAGGAUGAGAUUUUUUUUUGUUUGUUUUAAUAGGGUACAUUUCAAAACUCAAUAAUGUAGCUUAUCUAAUCUGCAAUCAGAGUAGUAUAAUUCACUGCAGGUCUGACCAGUGGGGCUUUUCCAAAGAAGACAUGUUUCUGAAAAAAACAUUGAAAAUGUUUUG